AUGAAUUGGCUUGCAGCAUCGCCUGGCCGUCAACAAAAGCAACAACCCGAAACUACUCAACCGGCACCAAGCAAUGAGGAACGAAUCAGCUUCCUAAGAGGUUUAUCACAAGCGACCUUAUGGCAUUUCGUUCUCGACUGUCUAUCGAAACCAUCAUAUUAUAACAGCGUUUGUGCUUGGGCAUCGCAUCCAUGGCAGUUUUGCAUAACUCAUACGAAGCGAUUCACUGAGAAAUGGGAUGAGUACAACUGUAACCGUCAACCAGUAUCAUACGUGAAGGUGUCAAGAGCGCUGAAAAGUUUUGAGAGUACUCAGUUCGCAGGUUUCACAUUAUUGAGACGUGUUUCAGCGGCUCGGAACACGUUUCGUUUUUUACCGGACCACAACUCGCCGCACAUUCCUCACAUCCGGUGCGAUCCUCAAGUGUCAGCUGCGCCCCCCUUCCAACAACAACAAUCGUCAUUUGCCACCAUCAGUCCACUUUUUCCUGGUGCACCUCAAUCAAUCUACGAUCCUACGUUCUUUCAAAAUUAUCCCUCUCCUUUUGAAGUAACUUUGAGUUGUACUUUGCAAUUAUCGUAUCGCAACCAGUUAAUGAUGAGUCGAAAACCUGAAAUGAAAUCCGACCAUAUUUCAGACUAUUCGUCGAGAGGAUUCGCCUCAAGUACGCCGAUACGUGACAGUAAUGGAUUUGGACGAGAGCUGUCGAAUAGAGCAGUGCAGUGGAGUUAUCAACCUCCGUCUUCGUUCGCACCACCACCCUUCUCUUAUGCGCCAACGUUGUGUCAGCAGAAUCAGUGCGCUGAUCAAGGUCAAAUCAACGUUUUUGAACAUAACGCUUCAUCCGUUCGGCCUUCGGACUCUCAGCCGAUGUCAUUUUAUCAAUCGUCUCAACAGGUUUCUUUCAUUUAUGAUAACCUUGCAGCGAUUCUUUAG